UUUCCGGUAGGUAUCGCGUAGGAGAAGUAGUAACAGACCCAGCUAAGCUCACUGUUGCCACAGCGCUAAGGAGACGGAGAAAUGGCGGACGCCAGGGCAGUCUGUCCGGACUCCUUUCCCUGUCGAGUCAGCUGUUCGCGAAAAACAUUAUUCCAGGGGAAUAUUUUCAUCCUGCUUUGCAUACUGAUAGUGGACUCCGGAGGGGCGACGACCCACUGGGUGGUCACAGAAGACGGGAAAAUACAACAGCAAGUAGAUUCACCUUUGAAUCUCAAGCAUCCGCACGACGUGGUGAUCUUCAUGAGACAGGAGUCUCGGGUUAACUACCUCAAAAAGUUGGAGAAGCAGCUAGUAGCACAGAAGAUUCACAUUGAGGAGAAUGAGGACAGGGACACAGGCCUGGAGCAGCGGCACUACAAAGAGGAUUCAGACUGCAUCUUGGCCAAAGUACCCUUGGGGGACCUCGACUUGUAUGAUAGCACUUACGUCUCCUUAGAGAGUAAAGAAAUCCGCCCUGAAGACUAUGUGGAUUCACUGUCAGCUGUGCCUGUAGAUCUACAAAAGCCAGACUGUGCAAAAGUGUUUCCACUACCUUAUAGUAUCCAUGCUUUCCAGCAUCUCAGGGGUGUUCAAGAGAGGGCAAAUCUUACCUUCCCAUUGCUGUCAAAGGAGGAUCCAAUUUUUAGUUCCUUGUCACAUAAACUGGGCCGUAGUAUAGAUGUGGUGGGCCAUCGCAUCCACCAGGCACUGCUAAAGAAUUCCUCAUCGUGGGUACUGUAUGACAUGGCUUCAUUCUAUUGGCGUAUGAAGAACGAGCCUCAGAGGGCGAUGGACUGUGUAGUACGCGCUCUGCACUUUUCACCAAGGCAGCAGAAGGAUGUAGCCCUGGUUAAUAUGGCCAACAUCCUACACCGCGCCCAUUUCUCAGCAGAUGCUGCAAUUCUAGCUCACGCAGCCCUAGACCUAACCUCUGACCUGUUGACUGGCCACUAUACUUUGGCCAACAUUUAUGCUAUGCUUGGGGAAUACAACCACUCAGUGUUGUGUUAUGAGCAGGCAUUACAGGCCCAGCCGGGCUUUGAGCUGGCCCUGAGGAGGAAGCAUGCCGUGCUCUGCCAGCAAAAGCUUGAGCAGCGCCUAGAAGCCCAGCACAGAUCACUGCAGCGAACCCUGAAUGAGCUCAAGGAGUACCAAAAGCAGCAUGACCACUACCUACGCCAGCAGGAGGCACUAGACAAACACAAGCUUCUGCAGGAAGAACAGAUCUUGCACAACAUUAUUCAUGAGACCCAAAUGGCCAAAGAAGCUCAAUUUGGGAACCAUCAAAGUUGUAUACUGGGUCAACAGCAGCACUGGCUCUUCUGCGUCUACGAUCUUCCUGUACCCUAUCACCGUGGUGACCUGUAUGAACAUGUCCAUUUUGUUCAAUAUGUUCAAUCGGGCGAAGCAAUAUCGGUAGCAUCCAGUGUGGCAACUGUGUCAGAUCGCAAUUCCAACCUGACAUCACGCAGCCCCCAGCUCCAUCCUUCUGUAUCAGGUGACCAGGACCCUGUUGCCGAGCUUUGGGGCAGCCAUCAUGAUUACACACAGAAAGUGCAGAAGAUGUUGUGGCCUCUGAGGACAGACUGCAUCAGUGAAUACCCAAGUGUCCCCCCUGUGCACCUGCUACCAACUUAUCACCUUUUACAUGAAACCAACAGCCACAGCUCUGAGGCAACCUUACUCUAUCUGAGUCAUAGUCCUCCUAAGGCACUGGGCCUGCCAGUCUGUGGUCCCGUCUCCCAAGUAAAUACUGCCCUUUUACCUGCUUCACUAGACUGGCUCCUGGAAGAAAAAGAGCUGCCAGAUCCGUUUGCCUUCCAGAUUUUGCAGUCACGCAGUGGCGGUUGGACAAUGGAGCAAAUUGGUGGUCGAAUUGCUGAAGCAAUGAAACAAGACACAAUAGCCAAUUGGCGGGUCCACAAUGAGGCCUCUCUGUUCUGGCGGGCCCAAGGAAAUGGUAGCCUGGCCAUUCAGUGCCUGCGCCAAGUGUUGAUCUCAGCCCCGCCUUCUCACCGCCAUUUACCCCUUACCAAUGCUGCUAACCUGCUGCUACAUUAUGGAUUGACUACCCACGCAAUAGCACUGCUGGAGGAUGCACUGGCUCUCAAUGCAACUGAGCCUCACACCCUCCUCAGCCUGGUAAGCCUGCAUUUGGCACAGGGCAAUGUGACAGGAGCGUUGACAUUGUAUCGCCACACCCUGGCGAAAGCCGUUUCCUCCUCCACUUCCUCCUCAUCUUUUGCUGGCUGUGAGCAGUGCCGCGCCAGCAUACCUCUUCUGCGUUGCCUGCAGUUCUACCCCGUCCUUUACAAUCUUUCAAAUCAACAGCCCUGCUCACAGGGUUCUGCUUGCGGGCCUGAAGUUGACCUUGCUAUUCAGCUGGAAGAGUGGGAGGACGGUGAAGAAAAGCAGGAUACAUCAUCCAUUGAAGACUCUUUGCUCUUUGAAAAGGUUGUCUUGGACACAAACGGGUCUGGUGAGGCGGCAGGAAAACAACAGGCUGCUCGUUCUUCCUCAAGAACAGCCCCUCCUCUUGGAGAUGGAGUGGUGGAAGGUGAAGAGGAGUGGCAGCUGAAGGAAGACCUGAUGGGAGCUUUCGAGGGGGCUUUGGAUGUUGGUGGAAAACGAGGCGACCUGCGUGGCAUCCGGGUGCUUAAGAAUGACCGCGUGAUGGGGGCACGUGGUGGUGGUGGUGGUGGUGGCGGGGGCGGCGGCGGGCCCUGUUUUGGAAACUGUGAGGAUGACGAGGGUUCAGAAUGGAUCACUUUUCAAGUAAAGAGAGUUCGGAAGGCAAAGGUGGACGGGACAGAGAAUGUGGUCAUUCCUGAUGAAAGCCAGAGUGGGGAGCCAAUGAGUGUCGGCCAAUCUGUUUUGGAGAUCAGUGGGCCAACUAUCCCAUCACCAGGUCCUUCGGGUCGCAGGAGGGACUACUCAAGUCUUGGCUGGCCAGGGCCAGAGGAGUGUCAGCGCACACGAAGGGUCGACCUCACCACAGUAGCCAGCACCUGGUUGGCUGUGUCGGCCAAGAACAUUGACAUCACAGAGCAUAUAGAUUUUGCCACCCCACUACAAGAGCCAGCCGUCGAGCCUUUAUGUAAUGCAAACCUAGCUGCCAGUAUGCACACCCUCGACCACCUUGCAGGCAUGGCCAAUCGAGCCGCCAUCCACUACACAGGAGAAAGUCAGCUACGUGAGGUCCUGCAAAACCUUGGCAAAGAUAAGUUCUCUCCUCAGUCCUUUGAGCAGGUGGGGACUCGCAUCGCUAAAGUAUUGGAGAAGAACCAGACAUCAUGGGUAUUAUCCAGUAUGGCUGCACUGUACUGGAGGGUGAAAGGUCAAGGCAAGAGAGCCAUCGACUGCCUGCGACAGGCUCUCAACUAUGCCCCCUAUCACAUGAAGGAUGUGCCCCUAAUCAGCCUUGCCAACAUCUUCCAGAAUGCUCGGUUGUGGGAUGACGCCCUCACAGUCGCUCGCAUGGCGGUAGAAAUCGCUCCACACUUUGUUGUCAACCACUUCACCCUCGCCAACGUCUACAUAGCUAUGGAGGAGUUUGAGAAAGCCAUGCGCUGGUACGAGUCUACGUUGAAGCUGCAGCCAGAGUUCGCACCGGCCAAAGACCGACUGAGAACCAUUCAGUGUUACCUGCUAAGCAAGAGGGAACGUCGUCAACCUUAAACCACCCGACAAAGAGCCAACGGUUACGGAUACAACAGAUAAAGAACACACAAACAUCCAGACAACUCAUUCGUAGCCCAUAAAAAUCUAUACUUUACCAUAUCCAGCAGAACUUUUAAUUAAAACUGCCCAAUUUCUGUUUGCAACACUAAAACACCACAGUGUAACUUUCCUAAAAGGUAGCUUCUCUUUUAUAUAAAGGGUACAAACUCCAAAUACAGUGGAACCUCGAUUAACAUAAUUUUUUGGUUCUUGAACAGGGUUCGUAAAUAGAGAAGUUUGUAUAUUGAAAUCUAUUAUUGUUCCAUAAGAAACUAUGUAAACCUGAAUAAUGGGUUGCAGCCUUUACAAAAGUCCAUAUUUUUCUAAUGGUUUGUACACUUAAAACAAAAUACAAAUUGUACUGUGUAUCAAACAAACAUAACAAGGACGCAAGGAUCGAUUUUAUAUUUAAUAACAAAUAACCAAAACAACAACUGAUAUGACCUUGUAUUCAGUCGCCCUGCCGACACGCACACACACUGUCACUAGCUCGGUGGUGCACUCACAGUUUGAAAUCACAAAGCUCUUUAACAAUCAAGUCGCUACUAUUUUUUGGAAUAAAAAAAAAAAAUCAAAUUUAUUUAAUCUUUUUAGAAGGAGGAAGCAAGAGUCGACAAUGCUGUGGAUACUUCCUGAUUGUUUCUAACCACACAUCGCUUCUCCAUUGCUUUCUAUAGACUCCUAUUUUUCUAGAAAAACUAGAAAAAAGGCUUAAAAUAAACACUGAAAAGCACACAAAGUAGCAAUUAGCACAGUAGCUAAAGACAGCACUGCUCUGCUGACUAAAUGAGCGCGAAGGUGGAUAAAUGUGGGCACGCGACAGGAGGAUGAAACAUAUGUGUAUUCGUUUUUGGUUCGUAAAUCGAGGUUCCACUGUAGUCACUGCUGUCGGUGACGGCAUUUUAAUAUAAAUACUCCUAAAAUAAAGGGGACAAGCAGAAUAUGAGGAUACAACUUUACUGUAAUGUUUGGAUCAUAUGGCCAGGAAUCGGUGUUUUAAAUCUAUUAAAAUGAUACGUUUUAAUUGGAAGGGUUAUAACUCAUCACACAUAAUUCAUGAAGACAUUGCUCCGUUUGGAAAAUUAAUCAAUUGUUUCCCUUCAUAAAAUAGUUGGGGAACACUUAAUUUUUGCACUUUUGUCAUCAUUCCUAUGCCAAAUGGGACCGACAGACCAGUUUUGCUCCAAGCUAAUUUAAUGAACAAGUAGUUAAACUGAAUGAUGCUAGUAUAAUCUGCUUUUUAAGAUAAUCAUUUGACAGAAUAAAAGAUAUCCUUCCGGCCCUCCAAUAAAAACUCUCACAAGUGCAAUCUGUAUUAAAUGUACAGUAUUAAAGGCCAAAUGUGGAUUUCA